AUGGUGUUCACCUCUGCAUGCCCAGUGAUGCGAGCAGACUUUGCACAGGGAGUUAGAGAAUUUUCUAAUGAUCAAAUUUCUGUUAAACUUCAAAGUGUAUCUGAAAUUGAACUCUCGGAAGUAGCUCUACAGGAUAAACCCAUACCGGAGAAGGCUGCCCCAUGCCCACCACAAUAUACAUGGCCUACAUUUUUGAAGAAGGAGCUGGAAUUCCUGGGGGUAACACAAAUACUGAUUGGUUUGAUAUGCCUUUCCUUUGGAACAGUUGUCUACUCCGUGCUCGAUAUUUCAGGAUUAGAAGGAAAACUUUUUUCAUCAUUUAAAGCAGGCUACCCAUUCUGGGGAGCAAUAUCUUUUGCUAUUUCUGGAUUUUUGUCAAUUAUAUGUGAAAGGAAAAAUUGGUCUAGUUUAAAAAAAAAUUUGUUUUGUUGUUGUAAAAAUAUAGAUAACAUAGAAUUUUCUAAGUGCCUGUUAUUGUUGUUGUUGUUGGUUGUUCAACAGGAAAUUGUGGCAAUGCUAUUGUGUCUCACCAUUUUGGGGUUUUGCAGUGCUGUGUCACUUACGAUCUAUGGAGUUAGAGAAUUACUCGAAGGAGAUAAAGUUCCAGAAGAUCGUCUUUAUGAAGAAUUAAACAUAUAUUCCCCGAUUUAUAGUGAACUGGAAGACAGAGAGGAAAUGCCUCCUCCCACUGAUUCAUAAGAAUUAAGACAUUCUGAUUCACAGCAAAGGGUCCAGAAAGCCAAGGUCUUUGUUUAAGGGACUACUGACAAAAUUCGUAUUUUUCCAUAAUCUACCCGUUUUACAUUAUGAUUUAUUCCCCAGAUGGCAAUAUUUUGUUUUUUUACUGUUUCUGUUUAUCUAAAUAUACUCCCUCCUCUUUUUGGUUACUAUACCAGUUGCUGCAGAACUGUGCUCCAUAGGGUUUUCAAUGGCUGAUUUUCUGGAAGUAAAUUGCCAGGCUUUUCUUCUGAGUUUGGUUACUAUAUCCUCCCUUUUCUCUUGUUUUCUAUUGCCAUUUCUCAUCCAUCCCUUCCUGGAAGUUAACUUGUAAAAACUAAGCAUAUGCUGUGUACCUAUAACUGUUCAAAGAGAGAAAACAAGAAGAAGUUUGGAUUAAACUUUGACAAAUUGAUAAGA